AUGCGUCGAAGUUCUUCAGCUUUGAAUAUUCAGCAAACAAUUGCCGAAUUCAAAACUUGCCCUCUUGAUCUGGAAGAAGAGAGAAGGAUACAGAAAGAAAUAAAAAAGUGGAAGGACUAUGAAGAUGAUGUUGACCGUCUUAAACAUGAAAUGAUAGCCGUGAAAAAAAAUGCAUCUGACGUGAAGAAAGACCUUGAAGACGUAAAGGGAAAUGUAACUGGCGUGAAAAAAGACCUAGAAGACGUAAAAGAAAAUGAUACUGCAGUGAAGAGAAACCUGGAAGACAUAAAGGCAAAUGUAACUGAUGUGAAGAAAGACGUUGAUGAGAUCAAAAGACGGCAAGGGACAGCACGCUAAUAUGGCAACUGUUAUCAUACAGCACAUGUAAAUGGUAACUUCUUAACAGAUUUGUGUCGGAAAACUGGAUAUAACGGUAAUAUGUAUAAGCUAAACGGUAAGUGGAAUAUAAAAGUUGUAUGUAUAUCUCCUGUCGGCAAGUUG